AUGUCGGAUCACGAAUCGCUGCGAUCCCAUGAUGAGAAGAAGAAGAGGAGGAUGAAAUGGGCUGCGUAUAUCGCUGCCUUUGCCGUGUUUCAGGUCAUAGUCAUCCUUGUGUUCGUGAUGGUCGUGAUGAAGGUCCGGACCCCCAAGUUCCGGAUAGGGGAUGGCGUCGUGGUCCAAUCCCUGACCACUGGGGACGCAUCGUCGUCGCCCUCGUUCAACAUGAGCUUCAGCGCACCUAUCAGGAUCAAGAACAACAACUUCGGGCCCUACAAGUACGAUGCUACCCUCGUCAACUUCACCUACGGGGGCAUUCAGGUGGGGCAGGCGACGAUCCCGAAGAGCACGGCCAACUUCAUGGGCACCAAGAAGCUCGACGUGACCGUGUCCGUGAGCUCUGCCCCUCUGACUGACACGUCAGGCCUCUCGAGGGAGCUGAACUCCGGGAUCUUGACGCUGAGCAGCCAGGCAAGGAUGAACGGGAAGUCAGAGAUCAUGCUCAUCUUCAAGAAGAAGAAGGCCACCAACAUGAACUGCACGAUGGAGUUUGAAGUCCAAGCGAAGAAGAUCAAGAGUGUGGAGUGCAAGUGA